AUGCUACCCCUGCAACGACAACAAACGGGGACGUCCACGGCUCCCUCGCAACGGCAAUCGAAGCGAUUCUCCGUCGCGGCAAUGUACAUGUCCAUGGGUGGAGUCGACAAGGACGACGACAUCGAUGAUGCGCUUGCCAAGGCUCAGAAACACCUGAGGUUCCUAAAGGCUGCGAUUUCUGAACAGUCCAAGCAUAAUUUCGUGCUAGAGAAGGACGUGCGGUAUCUGGAUACCCGAAUCGCACUCAUCAUUCAGAACAAGAUGGGUGUGGAGGAGCAGAAAGACAUUGCGUCUCGUCUGGACGAACACGAAGCUAUCAGCGAAACGAGUUUCCCCGACAGAAAAAAGACGGAUCUAUACUCGAAUCUCUUCUUUCUGCUGCAAUCAGAACCCAAACAUAUUGCAUCUCUGUGUACUCUGGUCAGUAUGACUGAGAUUGAUUCUCUUCUGCAAACCGUCAUGUUCACCAUCUACGGAAACCAGUACGAACAGCGAGAAGAGCACCUGCUGCUAUCCAUGUUCCAAGCUGUGCUGGCCUACCAAUUUGAUACCACUCUGGAGUUCUCGUCCUUACUAAGAGCCAACACUCCUGUUUCCAGAAUGAUGACUACCUACACUAGACGAGGUCCUGGUCAGUCGUACCUGAGAGAAACACUGUCUCAUUGCCUCAAUGACAUCAUUUCUAAUCCCCAGACUCUCGAAAUCAACCCAAUGAGAGUGCUCAUAGAGACGGACUCUGCUCCAGAUAUGACGAUGGAUCAGGCUGCUGAGAACCCCGAGGUCAUUGCAAUCAUUGAGCCACGUCUCAGGACGCUCGAAGCUAUCUGUGAGAACGUUCUUUCGACGAUCAUCAACUCCAAGAGCAUCGUUCCUUACGGUAUUCGAUGGAUCUGUAAACAGAUUCGAGGUCUGGCACGAAGAAAGUACCCCGAUGCUCCCGAUGCUUCAGUCUGCUCGCUCAUUGGAGCUUUCUUCUUCCUCAGAUUCAUCAAUCCUGCCAUUGUCUCUCCUCAGACUUACAUGUUGAUAGACAAACUGCCCAAUGAUGCUAACUGUCGAAGAACCCUCACACUGGUGGCCAAGGUUCUUCAGAACAUUGCAAACAAACCCACUACUUCAAAGGAGCCCUAUAUGGCAUCGUUGACGCCAUUUCUGGAGGUGAACAAGAACAGAGUCAACAAGUUUCUCAACGAGCUGUGUGAGGUGCCCGACUUCUACGAGUCUCUCGAGAUGGAUCAGUACAUUGCGUUAUCGAAGAAAGAUCUGUCUAUUUCCAUCACUCUGAACGAAAUCUACGGCAUGCACGGGUUGCUGGUCAAGUAUAUUUCAGAUACUAAGGAUGUUCAUCUUCAAAAGGUUAUGGGAGAUCUUGGAACCUGUCCCGCUCUUGUUCCUCGAGCCCAGAAUGCUACCAUUGACCUCUCUCUCUUUUCUCAGUGGGAAGCUUCUGUUCUGAACGAGUCUCAUUCUGAUUCUGGGGCAUACAAUGGUCUCAGUUUGCUUCCUGACAUUUCCAGGUCUGAUGUGGUCUUCAUGGAGCUCAAAACCAUUCUCAUUAACAUCAUUCGAGCCUUCCCCCCCGGUCAUCCCAUUCUCACACGUCCUCUACGACUCAGAAGCAUUGCUGACUUUGCUGCUUCGAGUUCCGUGGAUGAUUCUGGUGUCAUUAAGCGAGGUAUUAAGGCGCUGGAUUUGCUCGAUGAGAUGGACAAGGACGAGUACGCAGAUGACGACAAAUUUGUGCUUGUUUCUGAAAUUGAAAACGAACUGAGCCAGCUGGGCUCACUGCAGGAUUCUGUGGAGCAGGAGGCCGUUUCUCUGGAGACUGUCUACCGAGUGAUCACUGAGCAGAACGAGUACCUUCGAAGCCAGCUAGACACAUACAGGUCGUACCUCAACAACGUGCGAUCCCACACUGGUUCAAAGAAGGACAGAAAGAUUGUGCAGGACGAUACUACGACCGCCACGACACCCAAUCCUCUUCUGAACCCCGCAGGAAGCACUUCCUCGUACUCCGAGGGACUGGUCAAGAAGUACAACGUCACGCAGUUGAUGCGAGAUGGUGUCAUUCUGACCUGUUCCCUGCCUCUUAACCGGGUUGGCCCCUCUCUGGUGUUUUACAUUGCUUCCCCAGCACCGGGAACUUUUGUUCUCGCUCUGGUGAUGAAGGGCCGAAGUGAUCCCGUGGUGACUGUUGAUUUCAAGAUUGACGAUCUGCUGGAGAUUGCGGACCAGGAAGUAGACGAGAUUGAUCUGCAGUGUCUAGUGUUGAGUGUGAAGAACCUGCAGGUGCUGUUGAAACGGGAGUUCGACAGAAGACGUUAA